AUGGCUGGAAUACUUCCUGAUUGGGCACCAUCUCUCAACUUGGGUCACAGUGAGAUCAAGCCCACCCGAACAGGGCGAUAUGGAAGAAAGAAAAGAAGACGACGUCGAGUGGCUGUAAAAACACCCAUCCAAAAAUUUUACGCACCUUCCCCUGACCAUAACUACUGUGUUAGACAGUCCUCAACACUGGCUGCUGCAGAGCUACAGACUGAGCUCAAGAGGAUGAAGGCCAGCCUGCUGUACAGCCACUUCUAUCUUCAGCGCUUCGCUGGCUCAGAUGAGGAUAUCCACUUUUUUACCAGAUUUUCUUCGUACCGACAUUUGCAGAAUUUUUGGAGAUUCAUUAACUCUACUGAAACAAGGCUUAUCCAGGAAACCUACAGUCUAACCUCUGCAGCAAACUUAUCCACGAAACUUCCUCAUAUUGAUGAACUUUUCAUGUUCCUUAUGUACCUUUCUGUUGGCCUUCACCCUGACGAUCUUUCUAAAAGGUUUGGUGUGAGCCAAGCAGCUGUAAACAGGGUCCUCACUGUCUGGACACACCUCCUGUAUCAGCUGCUGGGAAGCACACCUCUGUGGAUGGCACAAGACGAUUUCCCCUUCGCCCUCCGGCGUCGGACGUCGUCGCUGCUCGACUUGUCGGGUCAGGCUCCAGCGCACGGACCAGCAUGCCCGCUGCUUCAUGUGCCUGGGCUCGGGCCAUGCGGUGUCUCGCUCUCCCCAGAGAGGAGAGCGAACGCAGGCGCGCGUUCUUCGCCGCUACAGCGCCCCGUUCAGACUCCUCAGGACGAGGAGUCUGAGAUCAACUGGGCCCCACUCGACCUUCCUCCCGUGCCCGCGGAAUGGGGAGACUGCGAGGUUGGAGAAGCUUUGGAGGACGGCUCUCUCCUCACCCUGGACGAGGUGCCAGACCAGGUGGUGGAGGACUUCACCUCGGUGGGCGCCACCACUCGAAGGAGGAGGAGAAAACAACCCACGUUGUGCCCGCGGAUGGACCUGAUCCUCCAUUACGCGACACGUGAGUGGCCAAAGCCCCUAGCAGCCAAGAGGCCUGCUCUGGGGUACGGUAUGUAUUGCAGCGUGCAGGACUGGUCCUGGGCCGGUGGUGUCCCGGACAUCGAGGACUCAGUCCGCAUGGCUCUGCUGCCCUCCGCAUCCGUGUGGCCCGGCGCCAGACCUCUCUUUCCCUCCGAGCGAGACAGGAUGUCUUUGGCUAUGCUGGACAGGUGUUAUGCCAACGCGGCUCAGGUCGUCGCUCUGGCUAACAACAUGGCCUUUACCACGGGGGCCCUGGAUAGGCCGCUCACCACUGGCCAGGCUCUCAGCGGAGACCUCCUGACAGAGGCGAGGACCACCUCCGCGGCUCUCCUGCGCAUGAGCCAGGCGUUUGCCGUGGAUGGGGGCCGCACCAUGGCUGCAGCCCAAGUCGGGGCCAGGCACCUCUGGCUUGGGCUAGCUAACAUCAGGGAAGCGGAGAAGAGGAAACUGUAG